AUGGUUUCCUUGUUCACGAAAAGGCAGAAUGAUUCCGAGAUUCAUUCUCAGGAUGAAGGAUCGGGAAAUGCUCGGGUCCAACAACAUGAAGAGCCUACAGAGCGCACUCGAUUGAUCCAACCGACAAAUGACCCCGGGUAUCUGAGCCCGGAUGAUCCAGCUGUAAGUGCAGAGCAGGGUGCAAGGGCCUUCUUUACCAUUUCGCAUAAUAACAAAGUCCAGGUCUCUCCAUAUAAUCUAUGGAGUGUUCGCGCAUUCCGAGCCCUGUCGCUCCUGGCACUGGCGGUGAGCUUCGUGUGGUGGACUUUCCUCCUCGUGUCCAUCUUCGUCAGCCCUCCUUUGAUACACUCGCGGGGCUCUGGGUUCUUUGCAUUUGCCUACAUCACUCUCACCACUGGUCAACUCGCACUGGGCCUGCUCUUCUUCGUCGUCCCGUCAAAGCCUAUGUCGAUAUGUGGUAUCAUACUCACAAUCCUCCUCCUCAUUGACAUGGGAAUCAUCGUGGGAGUGGGUGAGAUCCGAUUGGAGGAAGGAUGGGUCGGCAUUGCAUCUGUCGUGUGGGCAGUGCUUAUUUCCAUGCAUCAGGUGUUCCAAAACCGAGUGGUGGCCUGGGGCAAGAGAGAGGAGGAAGAGCGUCUGACGGGACGUGAAGAAACUCGCCGAUCACUGCGAGAGUGGAUUGCCGUUCUGCUGGAGCUGAUUAUUCUGGUGGUGAUGGCGCUGGCGACUCUCCUAUUCACAGCCACUUUGAUUCUGCGUGCUCGGGACGCCACCUUGAAACCUAUUGGAACUCGCUAUUCGGUUCACGGAGACACAUACCAGGUCCAUCUCGUCUGCGUGGGUAAUCGUACCGAGAACCCGAAUGAACCUACAAUCCUCCUUGAGGGUGACUACGGCCCCGUGGAGCAUGAUCUGCAACCUUUCAUCGACGACGUCUAUCAGUAUGGAGACAUCAGCCGGUACUGCUACUGGGAUCGCCCAGGGUUCGGAUGGUCCGACAAUGCCCCGUCCCCCCACUCCGCAGGCAUGUCUGCCGAUGUUCUCUCUGAGGCUUUGGCCCUCGCAAAUGAACAGGGCCCCUGGGUGGUUGUUUCCGCCGGUGUUGGCAGCUUGUAUUCACGCCUGUUCGCCAGCCGGCACCUCCUGGAAGUCAGUGGCAUCUUUCUCAUCGACCCGCUCCACGAGUCGUACCUCUCGGAGAUCGGACAGCCAAAACGAGGCUUCCUGCUUUGGCUCCGCGGUAUCCUGUCCCCCUUGGGCUUGGACCGUCUUGCCGGCGCACUUUUCAAAGGUCGUACUCGCGAAGACCGAGUCAUGGGCGGCGCAGCCUAUCAAACCGGCAAGUUUAUCAAGGCCAAGCUUCAAGAAAACCUGGUCGCUCUCACCAUGACCUCGGCAGAAGUCAAAUCUGCUCGUCACAUCCAAAUGGGUGAGACACCCCUCGUGGUGGUCAGCUCCGGGAAGAAGAUGCGCGCGGAUGCCGACUGGGCCAAGAAACAGGAGGACCUUUCCCAUAUCACGGACAAGCUGUUGGCGUGGGAUGUGGUUCAUGACGCGCCCCAUGAAAUCUGGACCGACGGGGAGGGCCGACAGGUCCUUCAGAAGAGGCUCAAGCAGAUCGUUCACGCCAGUCGCAAGCCCAGAGUCUAA